CUGGUCGGCGCCAUGCGAUCGCGCUCGAUCCAACGUUGAAGAUUCGUAUUGCUGCUGGUUGCCUCAGUUUAAAAGCAGCACUGCUUGCGAUCACACGUUUGUUUUAAGUGAACCUGUGGAGGAACUUAACGAACCGUAAACAUGGCUAAUAUCUUGGAUGUGUCUACGGAGGACAACCUCCAGUACCAGUUCUUCCCAGUGGCCCACGGCUCCGUCACCUUCAAAGUGAGGGCAGCCAACGAUGCACACAUCGCCUUAACCAUGGGCCCGCAGGAAUCAGACCCUAUGUAUGAGGUGUUCAUUGGCGGUUGGGGCAACACAAAGAGUGUCAUCAGGAGAAACAGAACAAAACCGGAUAAAGUUGAAAUCGAAACUCCUCAAAUAUUGAAUGGAGGCGAGUUCCGCGGAUUCUGGGUGAGGUGGGAUGGCGGCAUCAUAUCCGCCGGCCGAGAAAAUGAAGUCAUUCCAUUCAUCUCUUGGACGGACCCCGAACCUUUCCCAAUCGGAUUUGUGGGUGUUUGCACAGGGUGGGGCGCAUCUGGCACGUGGAAGAUAGAAGAGGGUGCUGAAUUUGAUACCCCGGACAAGCUCGAUUAUAAAUUUGGUCCUGUGGCUACGGGACUACUGGAGUUCGAAUACCGCGGACCUCACAACUGCCACGUAUUCUUGGGCAGUGCGCCUGGAGAAGUAAACCCUAUGUAUGAAGUCAUCCUAGGUGGUUGGGAGAACACCCAAUCCGUUAUCAGAAAUUGCAGACAAAAACCAGAUAAGGUUACGCUCCCGACACCAGGAAUCAUGAAUCCAAACGAGUUUAAAAAAUUCUUGAUUGAGUGGAAGUGUGGCAGGCUUCUUGUCCGGCAAGGCUCCGAUGGCGCAGUGCUCAUGGAGUGGGUGGAUCCCAAUCCAUUCCCGAUCACGCACUUCGGAGUACGCACUGGCUACGGCGCGAGAGGCAAUUGGCGUAUUAGCCAUUUCGCCAAAUCAGGACAAAUCCCCCCACCGUCUGCGCCUUCGGCUGCAGCUCUCUACGCAAACCCACCUGGAUACCCAGGAGCUGGCGCUGGUGGUGCUGGGGUAUGGGCUGAUGCCUCAGGGGGACAAGUACCCCCUGGUGCUGUAGUGGGUGGACAAGACGCGUCUGGAGAACCCCUUUACGUCGCCAGGGCAGUGCAUGAAGGAGCUACAGUGCCUGGAAAACUGGUCGCAUCACAUGGAUGCGCCUAUGUGCCUUGGGGAGGACAAGAGCACGGGAAACCUGAGUACCAGGUUCUGGUAGGCGGACCGAACAACUGGGUACCGACAAGUGGUUCAAACGUCCCGCCCGGGGCCUUCCCCGGCGGACAAUCCGAAGAUGGAGAAACUCUUUUCGUGGGAAGAGUUCGUCAUGAAGGCAGCAUCACCACAGGCAAGGUCCAGCAGUCACAUGGCGUCUGCUACAUCUCUUUCGGAGGCCAGGAACUAGGCUUCCCGGAGUACGAAAUCCUGAUGCCUUAAACGAAACUAAACCAUCGCAUAAUUUAUUACUGAGACUGCUUUAACUUGGAUUAUAAAUCCAUUCCGUAGGCGCUAUUUAUAAUAAUCAUGUAAUCACGCUGUGCCUGCACUUGUAAUUAGAUAUUGUAUGUGUAAUUUUGUCAAUUCACGUGAAAUUGUUAUAAAUAUUUCUUAAUAAAUAUAAACAUUGUUUAA